ACUAUUCGGAAGGUAAGCGUGUGGUCUCUGUCUCCACAGAGUGUAGAGUGAUUUCUGGGUAGGAACAUCCAUUCAUUCGCUUAGUGAUCUCUAUUUCUACUCCAUCGUUUUGUCAGGUUGUUAGCACGAUGAAAAGUGGAAGAAGAAUAGUCGGAGCAGUCAACGACGGCUUGGGUGUGAAAAGGAUGAUUUCCUUCCAAAUUUGAAAUUUCUCCAUCGCACAUUUUGCCAAUCCGAUUGAGGACUCCGGGCCAAACUAAUCUCACCCAACAGGCGGUGCCUGUAUUUGACUUGGCCCCAAGACAUCAUCUGACUCUCCAAUUUGAAAUUCGACAUUGAACUUCCUCAAGAGGGCCUCAAAGUGAAAGGAAGUGCAUCAGCAAGUGAGUGAGUGUGAGCGAGCAUCUGUGACAUUUCCUCAAAUUUGAGGCUUGUUUUCACCCAUCCCCAACAUGAGCCAUCCACAUCAACAUCAGGCUCCUCCGCCACCUCCUCCUACCGCAGCCGUGCCCAAACCUCAAGCGGUGCUGACCAAAUCGGAGAGUGGCACGUCUCUCGCGGAAGAGAAGGAUAUCUUUAAGGAUAUUUAUUCCGUGGGAGAGCUCAGAUCUCGGAAUGCGUCCACCUCUGUCCAUUCGUCGUCGAACCACUCGCCCACAACUCCGGAAAUAGAGAGACCGGUCAAGAAACCGGCCUAUUUUCCUCCCCCGGUGCUCCGUCCACAACAUGUUUAUGCCCCAGUGGCCCCUUUGGGCAUGCUUUCCCUGGGGGUCUUGAGCAAGCACAAGAAUGAAUUCGACAGAACCGACCAAAGGAAACUACGUGAGCCAGAGGGCGCUGAUGUCUGUACCAUGCUCCUAACGGCGUUCUCGUUGGUGCUCGUUUUGGUCACUUUGCCGUUUUCUCUCUGUGUUAGUGUCAAGGUUGUUCAAGAAUAUGAACGUGCUGUGGUAUUCCGCUUGGGUCGAUUGAGAUCUGGUGGUGCCAAAGGUCCCGGUUUAUUCUUCAUCAUGCCAUGUGUGGAUACCUACAAAAAGGUCGAUCUAAGGACUGUGUCAUUUGAUGUUCCUCCCCAAGAGGUUUUGUCUCGUGAUUCUGUGACGGUGAGUGUGGAUGCUGUGGUGUAUUAUCGAGUGUCCAAUCCAACCAUGGCCACUAAUAACAUUGAGGACUACAGCCAUUCAACUCGUUUGCUGGCCGCCACGACCCUUCGGAACGUUUUGGGGACCAAAAAUCUGGCCGAGAUCCUCUCGGAACGCGAGACAAUCAGCCAAGUCAUGCAGAACUCUUUAGAUGAAGCCACAGAUCCAUGGGGAGUAAAAGCUGAGCGAGUGGAAAUAAAAGAUGUCCGUCUUCCAGUCCAGUUACAAAGAGCCAUGGCCGCCGAAGCCGAAGCAGCCCGUGAGGCUCGAGCCAAGGUGAUUGCCGCUGUGGGUGAACAAAAAGCGUCAAAAGCUCUUAGAGAAGCUGCUAGUGUCAUUGCGGAAAGUCCAUCCGCUUUGCAAUUGCGUUAUCUUCAGACAUUAAACAGUAUUGCAGCAGAGCACAACUCCACCAUUAUUUUUCCCAUGCCCAUGAACUUUGUCAAUCAGUUCUUGGGCAGGAAAUCCGAAGAAAAAAUAUCGUAAAAGGAGUUAGUUUCAAUAAGUGGAAGACGAGACCUCGUGGCUGAAAUAGAACCAUAAUUGUACCCAAACCACAACCAUAGAGGUGUGUUCACAUAUCAAGCCAAUCCUUGUCAUUGAUCAAGAACAAACCCAUUGUCGCACCAAAUCUACGAGCAAACGAUCGACAGAAUAAGAAACCACCCUUGUUUUUGUCAAAUUCUUUGAUGUAAUUCUGGACAAUUUUUUCCAAUUCGUCGAAGAUUCCGAAAAACGCGCACAUCAUACGUAACUAAAGCCAAAUAAAUACAUGUCAAUCGCA